UGGCAGCGCUGGCCGCGCGGGCUUCGGGGCGCCCAUGUACGCCUUCUACUCGCUGCUGGUCUACGUCUUCUACGCCCUCUUCAAGAGGGAUGCCGGCCAGGCGGAGCGGGCGGCCCGGGGGCGACGGCGGCGGGUCCCCGGUGCGCUGCGGCUGGGCGGCGGUGCCCGGGGCCACAGAGCUUCCUCGGAGGAGCUGCUGCAGGAGCCCCCCAAGAGCCCCCCACCGGACCUCUGGCUGCAGCUGAUCGAGCUGGACAGCAGCUCCGAGAGCGACCAAGGCAGCCCCUCGGAGGAGGAGGAGGAGGAGGAGGAGGAGGAUGAGGAUGUGCUGGACUGGGAGGAGGCCCCCACACCGCUCACGGAGUUCCUGGCCCUUAAACAAGACGCAGCUGCUGAGAGCGAGCUUCAGCAUGGAAAGGUUGCCCCUGGCUUCUCCGGGGGAACUGGUGUGGGGUGGAGACAGCGGGGCCUGGGUUCCAUGCCCCCCUUGGCUGGGAAGAGGAAAUGUGCCACCGUUCAGCCGGGCUUGCUGAAGAAGGGGCAAGGUCCCUGCACGGCACGGUCUGGGCUGCUGGCCACUCCCUGCCCCCGGGACCCCCGACCCCCACCAACGCAGCCCCCGGAGUCCCCACUCGUCCAGGUGAUGUUGCGUCUGCUCUCCUGCCUGGAGCGCCACUCCCAGAUGCAGCAGCUGCAGGAGAAGGCUGGCGAGUACCUCUCACGACUGCGCCGGGAAGAGACCCGCUGGCGCCGGCGGCUGCGGGGUCUGAAGAGGGCCUGCCGGCAGCGGGCAAAAGACCAGCUCAGUGUGAUCGAGAGCCUGGAGGCUGUCAUCCUGGAGCAGCAGGGCCUUCUGGAGAAGGUUCAAGGAGGCAUGAAGCUGCCCUCCACUGGCCUGCUCUGCCCCAUGGCCCCGGGGGGCCUACGCCAGCUGGUGGAGUCCGUCAGCACCCUCCAGGAGGAGAGGAGUUGCCUGGCAGAGGAGGUGGUGGGUCUCCGGCAGCGGGUGGAAGAGCGAGAGAGGGAGAAGCAGCAGCUGGCCAGGAGCUUCCACCGUCAGAUCGAAGGCCUGAAGCAGCAGAUCCAAGCUCGGGAGGAAGAACGAGAGCAGCUUCAGCUGGGCGUGGGCGCGACAGACUCAGAGAAGCGGAUCUACAACCUGACCGUGGAAAACGAGGGUCUGAAGCAGAGCCUGCACCUCUCCCAGGGGCUGCUGCAGCAGGCGGCUGCCAUGUCCACCCAGCCCCCUGCUCCUGAAAACGAGGCCCUUGGCAUCAAAGUGCUGCAGCUGGAGGCCGCCCUGCAAGAGAAGGUGGAGAAACUGAUGAGCAUGGAGGUGCGCAUGGACCAGCUUCAGUGGCGCAAGGAGGAAGAGGUGCGCCAGCUCGACAAGCAGCUGUGCGGGCUCCGGCUGCCUCUGGAGGCGCAAAAGAGCCACCCCCCUGACAUCCAGUAUGUCACCAGGGUGGUGGAGGUGGAUUCCCCACAGAUGCUGCAGGCUUUGGCGAAAGCAGAAGAGCAGAGCAGGGUCCUGAUGCAGCAGCUCUCCUGCCAGGCGCAGAGGUGCCAACAGCUGGCGGAGCAGCUGCAGAGCUCCGAGGGGGCUGGCGCUGCCCUCCGGCACAAGAUCUCUGCCUACACGAAGGAGGUCUCGGGGCUGCUCCAGGAGCUGCUGAAUGAGAUGGAUCUGCUGGAGGCGCAGAAGGUGGAGGCUGUCCGGGAAGCCUCCCGGUGCUCUGAGCAGCACGCCCAGUCCUUGCGUGAGCAGCUGGCAGGAAUGAAGCAGCAUCUGGAUACCCUCCACCCCUUCCUCCAGGGCCUGCAGUCGGACGUCAGGAGCCUCCGGGGAGAGAUGGGGAGUUUUGCCAACUGUUACGAAGCCGCAAUUGAGGAGGCUAAGCUGCAGAUGUGCUCUGUGAUCAAGGAAGUGGCACACACCAGCCGUUCCCUGCAGGAGCGCUACCAACGGGAGGUGCAGCUUCGUAAGAAAUACCAUGACCAGCUGCUGGAGCUGAAAGGCAACAUCCGGGUCCUUUGCCGCCUGAAGCCACUGACUGAGGAUGAACAGCAGGGGGGCCCAGGGGGGGCCCGGGUGGAAGCCAGCCCGACCGAGGACAGCUGCGUGACCGCCUGCUACAAGGGAAAGGAGCACUCCUUCAGGCUGGACAAGGUCUUCCUGCCGGGCGCCUCUCAGGAGGAGGUCUUCCUGGAGAUCGAGCCGGUGGUUGUGUCUUGCCUGCACGGCUACAACAUUUCCAUCUUCGCCUACGGGCAGACGGGCUCGGGCAAGACCUACACCAUGGAGGGCGUCCCGGGCAACCCAGGGAUUAACCAGCGGGCCCUGCGCGCUCUCUACCAGGAGAUGGAGGCCAAGGAGGAGGAGGCAUGGACGUUCUCAGUCAGCCUCACGAUGGUGGAGAUCUACAACGAAGUGAUCAGGGAUCUACUGACCAAGGAGCCUCAGGAGAAAUUGGACAUCAAGCUGCAUCCGGAUGGCAGCGGCCAGCUGCACGUCCCAGGCCUCACCAGCGUGGAGGUGCAGAGCCUCUGCGAGGUCCAGAAGAUUCUCCUGCUGGGGAAGCGGAACCGCACGACCUUCUCGACCAACAUGAAUGCGCACAGCUCCCGCUCGCAUGCCCUUCUCACCCUCACACUCACUGGCACGGACCUGACCAGCGGCACCAAGGUCACAGGGAAGCUGAAUCUGGUGGACCUGGCUGGCUCAGAACGGGUGUGGAAGUCUGGCGCGCAGGGGGAGCGUCUGAAGGAAGCCCAGAGCAUCAACCGGUCCCUGCUGGCCCUGGGCGAGGUGAUCCAGGCCCUCCAGACCAAGCAGGCACACGUGCCUUUCCGCAACUCCAAGCUCACCUACUUGUUGCAGGACUCCCUGGGCAAGGGCAGCAAGACAGUCAUGAUGGUACAGAUCUCCCCCCUGGAGAGGAAUGUGGGCGAGUCCAUCUGCUCUCUCAAGUUUGCCCAGCGGGUCUGCAAGGUGGAGCUGGGCCCGGCCUCCCGCCGCAUCACCUCCCCAGCCCAGCGCGAUGUCUGAGAUCUCCCACCCUCUGGCGGGCC